AUGUCCGCCCACCAGCUCCACCGCAACCCUCCCUUCCGCGCCGAACACCUCGGCUCGCUGCUGCGCCCGCAGGACCUGCUCGACAAGCGCACCGCCGUGCACAAGGGCGAGGCCAGGGCCGAGGAGCUCAAGCCCGCCGAGGACGCCGCCAUCAACGACAUUGUCAAGAAGCAGCAAGAAUGGGGCUUCCGCGGCAUCAGCGACGGCGAGUACCGGCGGCACAUGUUCUGGGGCAGCUUUUUCCCAGGCCUGGACGGCAUGAAGGAGGUGCAGAACCCGUCGCUGGACAUGUUCCGCACGUACGUGCCGGACAUGGCCGCCUUCCUCGAGACGAACCAUAUCCCGGGCGAGACGGUCAUCUGCACGGGCAAGAUAGCGCACACGGGCAAGAGCACCUACGUCGACCAGGUCGAGUACCUGAAGACGCUGCUGCCGCAAGAGCGCUGGGGCGAGAUCAAGCUCACCCUCGCCGCGCCCAACUGGUACCACUUGCGCUACCGCGAGGGCCAGGCCUACCCCGCCGACGUCUACGCCAGCGACGACGAGUACUUUGCCGAUAUCGCAAAGGCGUACCAGACUGAGUUGGAUAUUCUGUACAAGGCGGGGCUGCGGAACGUGCAGUAUGACGACCCGAACCUUGCUUACUUCUGCUCCGAGAAGAUGCUGGACGGCUGGAAGGCCGAUGAGAGGAACAAGUACGGCACCGACGAGCUGCUCGACAAGUACAUCAAGCUGUACAACGACUGCGUGUCCAAGGCGCCCGCCGACAUGCACAUUGGCAUCCACCUGUGCCGCGGCAACUUCGUCGGCUCGCGCCACUUCUCCGAAGGCGGCUACGACCGCAUCGCAACCAAGCUCUUCCAAGAACUCAACAUGUCGACCUACUACCUGGAGUACGACACGGCACGAGCGGGGGGUUUCGAGCCGCUGGCGCACCUGCCCACGCACAAAAACGUGAUUCUCGGCAUCGUGACGUCCAAGUUCCCGGAGCUGGAGGACAAGGACGAGAUGAAGAAGCGCGUGUACGCGGCCGCGGACGUGGUCGCCAAGGGCAGUGGCCAGACCCGUGAGGAGGCGCUGGGCCGCUUGGGUGUGAGCCCCCAGUGCGGGUUUGCGAGCCAUGCGCAGGGCAAUCUGAUUGAUCGGGAGGGCAUGGCGAGGAAGAUGCAAUUGGUGAGGCAGGUCGCGGAUGAGGUUUGGCCGGGGGAGGCGUAG